AAGUCGCCAUCCCAGUCCUCCGCUCAGUAUUGCCUGUUCAAUCUUGAAGAAUCCCACUAUCUUCUCGGUAUGAUGCUUCAUUUCUUAGUGUGACCUGAUGACUAAAUCGAUUGAAUUAGAAAUGUGCUGGAACGACAUUGCCCCCGUCAAAAUGCUGUGUGGUCAUCCAGGACCUGAUGGGCCUGUUCGACCCAGGCCGUGCGGGCAGAAUCCCUGUGUGACAAGCGGGGUGUACCAGACCAAUCAUCUUGCAAGCACAAGAAAGAGGGACCCAUGCGAUGAUUGCGUUGCCAAUCAAACAUGGACUAGAGUGGCUGGCCAAUGGAAGAAGGCUUGACGGCAAUAAAAAGCGGUGGGGCGAAGUUCGUGGAUAGUUAAAAUCUCCUGCAUCACCUCCUACCCCGUUUUUACAUUUCUCAAUAUUCAUCACGCUCACUCACUACUCUGUCAACUUUUUACUUCAUUGUACACAAUGGCUGGUCUGGACUGGACAUUUGAACAACUGGCCCAAUACCUUGACCAGUCUUCGUUCCCCCACGGCAAACUCAACCCAAUCAUAAAACAACUGCUCGUGACUUGUCCUGGUUCAUCUGUCUUCGGUAUUGGCGGCCACUCUGUCGUGCUCUGGAUCUCCCCCGAUAUAGCGGCAAAGGUGUCCCUCCAGUCAGGAGAUGAGCGCUUAUGUCACGAGCAAAAGAUAUUCGAAUUGCUCGAUCAAUCAGAAUGCCAACAGGUUAUCCAAUGCUUGUUCCGCGGCGUUGAUGUCAGUUUUCUCGAAUUGAUUGCGAACGGAACGCUUUACGACCGAAUGAGCAUCAGCAAGCCUCGGCCAAUUCUGCAAUGGAUGUUACAACUGUCAUGCGCAGCCGCGUGUUUGGAGGCCCUGGGUUAUGCUCAUGGUGAUAUCAACCCACAAAAUAUCCUAUUCGACGUCAAUGACCAGGUCAAACUUAUCGACUUUGACCAUUCGCCUAGGGUCGGUGAUAUGCUUGACGUUGGCUAUGAACCCUAUGUCCGACAACACAGAGAGAUAAUCGGUGGUGUCUAUGGGAUUGCUGGUCCAGUCACGGAGCAGUUCGCUCUAGGUUCAGUGUUUUGGUAUAUGACACGCGGCUCUGAGCUGUACUCUGAGCUGGAAGGAUUUGACCAAGUAGACCGCUUGCUCGAUGGCAACUUUCCCACCACCGACCCGCAAGACCCCAUCGAUCAUAUCAUACGAAAUUGUUGGAAUGGGUACUACCUCCGAAUUGCAGAUCUUGUGGACGACAUUACGGACGUAUUGGGAGUGGGAAUACAAGUUCAAGGAGUCAUUACUCCAAGUCAGAGAUAUGAGAGAAGGCAGCUAUGUGAAAAGUAUUAUAGCAUGGUGGACCCAGCUCAUAAACUGAGGACAGCGAAAGGGGAUUGAUUUCAGGAGAAAGGAGGAACACGGCUAUGACGAGACUACUGUAUCAAGGGUAGCUUAUAAUGUAAUGAAAAUAGGUCAGGGCAUCCAUAUUGAGUGUCCUCUUUCAGGUGAAAGUGAAUUACAGGGGUGCUUAUGCCCACGUUAUCGACUCUGUUGACAACUGGAUGCGCUGCACUGGUUGACAGAAUAUUUUCAACUAUGCCGGCUCCACCACGGCGAGUAUGGUGGCCGAG